CCAGGUGGGGUGGGGGUUCUAAACAUAUUUUGUAAAAUCUUCCGCUUACCACAUUCAACUGCUCCAAAAGCUUUUCUCGAGACUUCUGGUCUGUUAAAGCGAGCUUGGAAGCUGAACCGUGAGGGACACAGGUAAAGGGUCUUCUGGAUUUGUUGCACGCGAAUCCUUGCCCAAAGCCUGCGUCAACCUCUUCCUUCGAAGCAUCUCUCUCUCGAUCGAGCUCAAUUCGGUAGCACAGCAACCGCUUGUCUGUUCUGCUGCGAUAAUGGCUCCCGCCGCCUACACCCCCGCUUCUGCAAGCAUUCUCGGCUCGGGCGAUGAGAAGCUCUUCUGCCUCGAGCUCGAAGAUGGCUCUGCAUAUCAAGGCUACAGCUUCGGCGCUCCCAAGAGCAUCGCCGGAGAGCUGGUCUUCCAGACCGGCAUGGUGGGAUAUCCAGAGUCGGUGACCGACCCCUCCUACCGCGGCCAGAUCCUUGUCAUCACCUUCCCCCUGGCCGGUAACUACGGUGUGCCCUCGAGGGAGACCAUGGACGAGCUCCUUGGUGACCUGCCAGCGCAUUUCGAGUCUUCCCAGAUUCACAUUGCAGGCCUCGUGACGGCCUCCUACUCCGGCGAAGACUACUCCCAUUUCCUUGCCACCUCAUCGCUCGGCACAUGGCUCAAGGAACAGGGCAUCCCCGCCAUGUACGGCGUCGACACGAGGGCUCUGACGAAGCACAUUCGGGAGAAGGGAAGCAUGCUCGGUCGCAUGCUUCUCCAGCAGACCCCCCUAGCAAAUGGCCCCGUCAACGGUACUGUCAAUGGCAACGGCGUGCCAAACACAAUUGAGGACUGGAGGCCAUACUUCGACACCGUCGACUGGGUAAACCCGAACGAGAAGAAUCUCGUGGCCGAGGUCUCUGUCAAAUCCCCCAAGUUGUAUUCGCCGCCUGCGCACUCGGCGCUGAAACAUCCCUCUGGCCGUACGAUCCGUAUACUCUGCCUUGACGUGGGUAUGAAAUACAACCAGCUCAGGUGCCUCCUGAAGCGUGGUGUCGAGGUCCUCGUCUGUCCCUGGGACUAUGACUUCCCGGCAUUGGCUGGGAAGGAUUAUGACGGCCUGUUCCUCUCCAACGGGCCCGGUGACCCGUCAAAGGUUAGCGCGACUGUGCAGCGCAUCUCCGCGGCAAUUGCAGAGAAUCGGACCCCGAUUUUUGGCAUCUGCUUGGGCCAUCAGCUGCUUGCCAGAGCCGCCGGUGCCCAGACAGCCAAGAUGAAGUUCGGCAAUCGUGGCCACAACAUUCCCUGCACAAGCAUGGUAACGGGGAAGUGCCACAUCACCUCGCAGAACCACGGUUAUGCCGUCAAUGCGGCUUCUCUGCCUUCGGAAUGGCAGGAGCUCUUCGUCAACGCCAACGAUGGGAGCAACGAGGGCAUCAUGCACGUCGGGCGGCCGCACUUUAGUGUUCAGUUCCAUCCCGAGAGCACCCCCGGACCGCGAGACACCGAGUAUCUCUUCGACGUAUUCAUCAACACGGUCGUUAAAUGCGCGUCGGACUCUAGUCUCCUGACAGUGCCAGUCCAGUUCCCCGGUGGCACCGUUGAGGAGAACAACAAGCUUCAUCCCCGUGUCAGUGUCAAGAAAGUCCUUGUUCUUGGUAGCGGCGGCCUGAGUAUUGGCCAGGCCGGCGAGUUCGACUACUCGGGAAGCCAGGCCAUCAAGGCCCUCAAGGAAGAGGGCAUCUACACCGUCUUGAUCAACCCGAAUAUCGCCACAAUCCAGACCUCGAAGGGCCUGGCUGACAAAGUCUACUUCCUCCCCGUAAAUACGGAGUUCGUUCGGAAGGUCAUCAAAUUUGAACGGCCAGAUGCCAUCUAUUGCACCUUCGGCGGACAGACGGCUCUCCAGGUGGGAAUUCAACUCAAAGAUGAGUUUGAGGAACUUGGCGUCAAGGUCCUGGGUACUCCUAUUGACACCAUCAUCACCACCGAGGACCGGGAGCUCUUCGCCCGGAGUAUGGAGUCCAUUGGUGAGAAGUGCGCCAAGUCGGCCUCGGCCAGUAGCGUUGAAGAAGCAAUGCGAGUAGUCAAGGAUAUUGGAUUCCCCGUCAUUGUUCGGGCUGCUUACGCCUUGGGUGGCCUGGGCAGCGGCUUUGCCAAUAACGAGUCGGAACUCCUUAACCUCUGCAAUGUUGCUCUGGCCGCCAGCCCCCAAGUGCUGAUCGAACGGAGCAUGAAGGGUUGGAAGGAGAUCGAGUACGAGGUUGUUCGAGACGCACAGGACAACUGCAUCACUGUCUGCAACAUGGAGAACUUCGACCCGCUCGGAAUCCACACCGGAGACUCCAUCGUCGUGGCUCCGUCUCAGACUCUAUCGGAUGAAGACUACAACAUGCUUCGGACGACAGCCGUCAACGUCAUCCGCCACCUUGGAGUUGUCGGCGAGUGUAACAUCCAAUACGCCCUCAACCCCUUCUCCAGGGAAUACUGCAUCAUCGAAGUCAACGCAAGGCUGUCCAGGUCUUCGGCGUUGGCAUCCAAGGCAACGGGAUAUCCGCUCGCCUUCAUUGCUGCUAAGCUCGGCCUCGGCAUUCCUCUGAAGGAAAUAUCCAAUUCGGUCACCAAAGUGACGUGUGCCUGCUUCGAGCCUUCCUUGGACUACGUCGUCGUCAAGAUGCCCCGCUGGGACUUGAAGAAGUUUACCCGCGUCUCGACGCAACUCGGUUCGUCGAUGAAGAGCAUCGGCGAGGUCAUGAGCAUCGGGAGAACCUUCGAGGAGGCAAUCCAGAAGGCCAUCCGGGCGAUCGACUUCCACAACCUGGGAUUCAAUGAAACCAAGGCACUCAUGUCUAUCGACGACGAGCUUCAGACUCCCUCGGACCAGCGCCUCUUCGCAAUUGCAAAUGCCAUGAAUGCCGGAUAUUCCGUUGAUAAGAUCUGGGAGAUGACAAAGAUCGACAAGUGGUUCUUGCACAAGCUCAAGGGCCUCAGCGACUUUGCCAGGCAGAUGGGCGAGUAUACGACUGGCGACAUCGCCCAGAACCCAAAGCUCUUGGUUCGGGCGAAGCAGCUGGGCUUCUGCGAUCGCCAGCUGGCCAAAUUCUGGGAUUCCAACGAACUUGCGGUACGGCGGAUGCGCCUGGAGGCAGGGAUCACUCCGUUCGUCAAGCAGAUCGACACAGUAGCGGCAGAGUUCCCGGCCUUCACCAACUACCUAUACCUCACGUACAACGCGAGCACACAUGACAUAACCUUCGACGACAACGGGGUUAUGGUUCUUGGCUCGGGGGUGUACCGAAUCGGCUCUUCGGUCGAGUUCGAUUGGUGCUCCGUGAGGGCCAUUCGGACUCUCCGCGAAUCGGGUUUCAAGACCAUCAUGGUGAACUACAACCCCGAGACCGUUAGUACCGAUUACGACGAGGCAGACAAGCUCUACUUCGAGAACAUCAACUUGGAGACGGUGCUGGAUGUCUAUCAGCUGGAGGCUGCGAGCGGAGUUUUGGGAGCGAUGGGUGGUCAGACGCCGAACAACAUCGCCCUGCCCCUUUCGCGUGCCGGUGUCAAGGUCCUGGGGACAUCGCCGGAGAUGAUUGACACUGCGGAGAACCGAUACAAGUUCUCGCGCAUGCUGGACACCAUUGGGGUCGAUCAGCCCACCUGGAAGGAGCUGACGAGCUUCGACGAGGCGAAGACCUUCUGCCAGAAGGUGUCCUACCCCGUCUUGGUCCGGCCGUCGUACGUACUCUCGGGCGCCGCGAUGAACACUGUCUACUCGGAGAGGGAUCUCGAGGCAUACCUGCAGCAAGCCGUCGAGGUGUCACGGGAGCAUCCCGUGGUCAUCACCAAGUAUAUCGAGAACGCCAAGGAGAUCGAGAUGGACGCCGUUGCCAGAGACGGCGUACUUGUGGGACAUUUCAUCUCCGAGCACGUCGAAAAUGCCGGUGUGCAUUCGGGAGACGCCACCCUCAUUGCGCCGCCGCAGGAUCUCGAGAAGACCACCAUUCAACGGAUCGAGGAGGCUACGGCCAAGAUCGGAAGCGCACUCAACGUCACCGGUCCCUUCAAUAUCCAGUUCAUCGCCAAGGACAACGACAUCAAAGUGAUCGAGUGCAAUGUUCGCGCCUCGAGGUCGUUCCCCUUCGUGUCCAAGGUCAUGGGUGUUGACCUCAUCGAGAUGGCCACCAAGGCGAUCAUGGGGCUUCCGCUCCAAGAAUAUCCGCCCACUACUCUGGCAGCGGGCUGUGUCGGCGUCAAGGUUCCCCAGUUCAGCUUCUCCCGUCUCUCGGGGGCUGACCCAGUCCUAGGCGUCGAGAUGGCCUCCACAGGCGAGGUUGCGUCCUUCGGAAUGGACAAAUACGAGGCGUACCUGAAAGCGCUCAUUUCCACGGGCUUCAAGAUCCCCAGGAACAAUGUGCUCCUCUCCAUCGGGUCCUUCAAGGACAAGAAGGAGAUGCUGCCCUCGGUUGCCAAGAUGCAGAAGCUGGGCUACAAAUUGUUUGCCACUGCCGGCACCGCCGAUUUCCUGCAAGAGCACGGCAUUCCGGUACAAUACCUGGAAGCCUUGGGCACUGCGGGGGAUGACCAGAGCUCGGAAUACUCUCUCACGCAGCAUCUGGCCAAGAACAUGAUCGACUUGUACAUCAACCUUCCCUCGAGCAACAAGUACCGUCGCCCUGCCAGCUACAUGAGCAAGGGCUAUCAGACGAGGAGAAUGGCCGUCGACUACCAGAUCCCGCUUGUGACGAACGUCAAGAACGCCAAGAUCCUCAUCGAAGCCAUUGCCAGGAAUUUCGACCUUGACGUCGGCAUUCGCGAUUACCAGACGAGCCAUCGCACCAUGGUCCUGCCGGGGCUAAUCAACAUUGCCGCAUUCGUCCCGGGCAUCGUCUCCCACGGGAGCAAUGACUUGCAAGCGGUUACCCGGGCCUCGAUCGCCGCGGGCUUCACCAUGAUCAGGGUCAUGCCCGUCGGCAUCGAUGGCUCCAUCACCGAUGCAAAGUCACUGAAGAUUGCCCAGCAGAACAGCAAGCCCGGAGAAUACUGCGACUUCAAUCUCUCCAUCACAGCCACGUCGUCUAAUGCUGACCAGAUCAGCCUAGUCACCGGGGAGGUGGGAUCUCUCUUCAUCCCCUUCAACCAUCUCUCGGACAACAUCAGCAAGGUCGCCGCCGUUACGGCUCAUUUCGACGCCUGGCCCACGCACAAGCCGAUAAUCACGGACGCAAGGACGACAGACCUGGCCUCGAUCCUCCUGCUUGCGAGUCUGCAUAGCAGACGCAUCCACGUCACCUCGGUCUGCACCAAGGACGAUAUAAGAAUCAUCGCCCUCAGCAAGGAGAAGGGACUGCAGGUUACUUGCGACGUUUCCGUCUACGCGCUGUACCUCGACAAGAAGGACUAUCCAGAUUGUCAGCUCGUGCCUUCGGCCGAGGACCAGAAUGCUCUUUGGGAUCACAUGGCAACCAUCGAUGUCUUCGCCAUUGGCAGCUUGCCAUAUCAGCUUGCGCCACGCAUAACCGCGGGAAUCUCAGAUGUCCUCCCACUUCUGCUCAACUCGGUCGCCGAGGGGAAGCUCACACUCGACGACAUCAAGGCUCGCCUGCAUGACAACCCCCGGAAUAUCUUUGAGCUGCACGACCAGGUCGGCACAUCGGUUGAGGUGGAGAUUGAUCGCCCGUGUACUAUCCCGGCCUCGUCCUCGUCGCCAUUUGCCGGCAAGGUCAUGAGGGGUGCCGUUCGACGAGUUACCUUCCAAGACCAGGUAGUCUGCCUCGAUGGUACUCUGCUGCAGGUGCCUCCGCUGGGCAAGGACAUGUCGACUCACGGCGCCCUGCCGGCUGUGCUGUCUCCCCAGGUCAAGCCCAUGCACCAGCCGAUGACACCAGUCAUGGACGGACAUGUCGGCGGACGACACUUGUCCAUGGUGGGGACGCGGCCUUCGCCUUCCAGGCUACGGAACACGGAUACUCUGCUCAGCGCCCUGCCCCCCGCGGCGAGAGGCUCGGCAGUGGAAGAUUUCGGCCUUGCUCCCCCUCUGUCGAUGCCCCACUCGGCCCUCCAGGGGCUGCUGUCACAGCCAUCUUCUUUCAAGAAUAACGACGUCCUCUCGGUUACUCAGUACACGCGCACCGACCUGCACUUGCUGUUCACAGUGGCGCAGGAGAUGCGUGUCGGCGUCCAGCGGGAAGGGAUCCUGAAUGUCCUUCGGGGCCGCCUUCUCUGCACCCUUUUCUACGAGCCGUCGACUCGGACGUCUGCCUCGUUCGACGCUGCCAUGCAGCGCUUGGGCGGGCGCACGGUCGCAGUCACGACGUCGCACUCGUCGGUCCAGAAGGGGGAGACUCUCCAGGACACUCUCCGGACACUCGCUUGCUACGGUGAUGCCAUUGUGCUGCGCCACCCAGACGAGAAGUCGAUGGACAUUGCGAAGAAGUUCAGCCCCGUCCCAGUCAUCAACGGCGGAAACGGAAGCAAGGAGCACCCGACCCAGGCGUUCCUCGACCUCUUUACCAUCAGGGAAGAGCUGGGUACCGUGCAAGGAUUGACCAUUACCUUCGUGGGCGACCUGCUCUACGGACGCCCCGUGCACUCAUUGGUCUAUCUGCUGCGACACUACGAUGUGCAGGUCCAGCUAGUCUCGCCAAAGGGCCUAUCGCUGCCCGCGAGAGUUCGCGAGCGACUGGUUGCCUCGGGCCAGCUUCUGUGCGAGUCGGAGACGCUGACUCCCGAGAUCCUCGGGAGAUCGGACGUGCUCUACUGCACCAGGGUUCAGAAGGAGAGAUUCCCUGCCGCGGAGGAGUAUGAGAGGGUCAAGAACGCAUACCGCAUCGACAACGGGACGCUGAAGCACGCCAAGAGCGGCAUGGUGGUGCUACAUCCCCUCCCGAGGAACGAAGAGGUCGCGGAGGAGGUGGACUUUGAUCACAGGGCGGCGUACUUCCGACAGAUGAGAUACGGUCUCUACUGUCGCAUGGCCUUGCUGGCCUUGGUCAUGUCUAGUUGAGGCGUACCGUAAAGCUGACAUGGCACCUAUUAUUGGUGACCCAACAGGUUGAUUUCACUCGGGAAAACAUAGAAAAGUUUGUGUGAUUUUAGGUUAUCUUUUUUCCAUGGCAUUUUGCCUCAGCAUCAGAAGAUAUAUAGAACGUAAACAGCUCAGGCUGCUGCAUGUGAUGAGUGAAUGAUUCAUUUUCAGGGGUUAAUAAGAGGCGUUUGUUGUCUGUAGCCCAUUUUGAGCAUCAUUCUCAAAUUUGGGUGGCGUGGUAUGCCCUUUUGUGGGUACUAUCUUUAUGUAUCUAGGUGGUGCGUAUUGUGUAUAUUUGUAUAUAUUUAUGUAUGUCUGUAUAGGUAUUUUUCAUCUGUAUAAAAUCG